GGAGGGGCGUGAGGGGGAGAGCGCGUUGGAGGCCUCGCCCCUCGUCCCGCGCGGGUCCCCGAGGCGGUGGCUCAGCGGGGCUGUCCUCAGCCCGCCCUGCCCCUUUCCGGGGGUUCCCGCUGCCGGCAGCCGGGGAAAGCAGGGCAUUCGCCCCGGGCAGACCCCGCGGCGGCAUCUCCGUUCGCCGGGCAGCGUUUCCUGCGGGCGGCGGGGCUCAGCGCCGGUGGGGGGACGAGGCAGCUGGAGGCUGAUACCGCUCCCCGCGAGUCCUGGUGCUGGGGGCGGUGGUUUCUGUCUUUCAGAAUUACAGGAAAAAGUGUUACUUGUGCUGAGCCUGGUAACUUCCUAUUUUGAGACAUCCCUUAGCUGUCGUGGGGAGGCAGAGGUCCCUGUUAAGCACAACUCCCGUUCUGCAGCUGCGCAUUUCCUGCCCAUAGUUACCGAAAAGGAAAUGUUCAGCUGUUUGGUUGUGAUGUUCGUCCUGUUCUGCAGCUCUAUAGCAGAUGAAAACUCCAUCAGAGAUGCUGACAUUUUUCCUUCAUCUCCUGAAAUUGAAAGAGGAUCCACCCUGAAACUAUUUUGUGUUCUUGGAAAACACUACACGCCUCACAGAAAUGCAAGCCACAUCAUCUGGAAAUUGAAUCAUGAAUUGAUUGCUCAGGAAAACUACAACAUCGUGAAUGAGACUGUAUCUAGUAUAACCAUCCACAAUUUCACUUACAGCAAAGCUCACGUGAAAUGUUUCACUAAGUACUUGGGCAAGGAACAACUUUUGGUUCACACUGAAGUUAAAUCUGGCUUUCCACCAGACACACCAGGAAAUAUUUCCUGCACUUAUUACUUUGAAGCUGAACUUAACUGCACCUGGACUUCAGGAAGAGAAACAAAUCUUAUGACAAACUAUACUCUUUACCGGAAAAUGAUGACUUCUCCAAAUGUAGUGGCCUCCUGCCAAAGCAAAACAGAGUCAUGUUCAUUUUAUUAUCCAAAUGCUCCAUAUAGUAGUGCUUUUUGUUUUCAGGUGAAAGCUGAAAAUGUUUUGGGUGAAGCCUCAUCAGAUUGUGUUCCUAUACCUAUGGAAAAAAUAGAGAAAUUUGAACCUCCUGAAAUACUUUCAGUUAAAAAAAUCACUGGUAUAAAACAGUUGCUUACAGUAACCUGGAAAAUGCCUGAGAAGAUUAUCCCUUCACAAGAUUCGACUUGCCAGAUUCAAUACAGAAACUUGUAUUCAAACUCUUUGGAAUUUGUCAAUGUGUCACUGAAUUCUCAAGAGAAAACAGGAUCAUGCAAUCUCACAGGUCUGUGGGAUUCCACAGAGUAUUUUGUUGCCAUUCGGUGUAUCAGUGAUCAGUCAGUGCUCUGGAGUGAAUGGAGUAGAGGGAAAACAGCAAGCACAGAAGAGAAAGCUCCUUCAGAAAAAGUGGAUUUGUGGAGGGUAAUUGAGUCUUCACACUCAGCUGGAAUUAGAUCUGUACAUCUUAUGUGGAAGCCAUUAAACAGCUUUCCACCUUCUGGGAGAAUUCUAGGCUACAAAAUACAAUAUUUUCCAGAAAACAAUGCUGCAUUUAAAAUGGCAAACAUCUCUACUGAUAGGAAAAUUAUUUUACUUUUAAAUGAAGAGGCAUAUAUAAUAUCUAUCACUGCCUAUAACUCUGCUGGAAAUUCUCCUGAAGCUAUUUUGAGGAUUCCAUCCACUGAUGAAAAAACUUCUCAGAUUAUUGAAACAGUGAGGACCUUUAGAACAAAUGAAGAAGUGGUUGUGGAAUGGACAGCCUCCGAACCAGAAGUAACCAAAUAUGUAGUUGAGUGGUAUGAGGAAAUGGAGAUGGAUCCUUUUGGUAGAUCGUGGCAAUAUGUAUCAAAUUCUACACACUGGAAAACUAACAGAAAAAACUUUAAACCAUUUAUAUGCUAUAACAUUUCAGUGUAUCCUGUCUAUGGAAAUAAAGUAGCAGCUCCAUAUUCCAUACAAGCUUAUAUUCAAGAAAAACAGCCAUCAGAAGGACCUGUGGCUGACACAGGCAUUCCAGGGAAAAAUGAAGUUAUAAUAAAAUGGAAGGAGAUUUCAAAGGAUAAAAGAAAUGGAUUUAUCACUAACUAUACAAUAUUUUAUAAACCUGAAGAUGGAAAAGAGUUGAAUGAAACAGUGAACUCUGAUGUUCUGCAAUACAGACUGAAGUCCUUACAGGCUAAUACACAAUAUACUGUCUAUAUCAUGGCAAGUAAUGAAGCUGGUGGAACCAAUGGAGAGCCCAAAACCUUCAAGACUUUGAAAUUCAAUAAAGAAGAUGUUAUUUUCAUUGCUCUACCCAUUGGAUUAAGCAUGUUGUUUCUAUUAGGCCUUUGGAUAACAUGCAUUUUGAAAAAACACACGUUUAAAAAGGUUUGCUGGCCUGAUAUACCCAAUCCUGCAGAAAGCAUUGCAGUGGAAUGGCCUCUUGAUGCAUCUAUGAAUAAUUCAUUUUUGAAGGGAGCAUCAUCUGAGGCUAAAACCAUAGAUUUUGAAGACAUAAGUGUUUUGGAACAUUGUUUUCCUGAAGAAAGUCAGGAAGGAUCAUUACUAAUGAAUUGUGAAAACCAUGUUUCUGAAUGUACUGAUAUUAAUACAAAAGGCACAAUUAAUGGAGAUAAAAAGAUACUCUAUAACAAAGAAAAUGAAGUUGCUAAAUGUUUUUCACCAUCCAUGCCUUAUAUAAUUACUGAUCAAGAUAUCAGAAGUCAAAUGCCUUCAGCUUUGACACCAGCGAAGGAAAUCCAACCCAUGGAAAUGCUGGAAGAUGAUUUAUGUGAAUCCCAACAGUCUGCGAUUAAAAAUGAAGAAAAUGAUAAUGAAGUUUUAAAGCUGGACGAUUUCAGUGAAAAAGCACUGUUCAAUCCAUACCUUAAAAAUUCUGUUAAAACAAGGGAAUUUCUCAUUUCUGAGAACUUGCCAGAACACAGUAAGACUGAGCCCAAAAGCCAGUCAACUGUCUUACCUCCUUUCCAACAAAAUAUCUCAGGACAAUCCUAUGUAACACUGGACAUGUUCGGGCUGGCCUCAGCUCAUUAGUGUGAGAAAACGUUCCUUUGUAAAUUCCCAUUGUGAGAUAUAUAUUGGCACUGCUGCUCAUGCAUAUUUGUCUGUUCUAACCUGGUUGAUUUCAGUUAAUUUGGAUGAAAAUGCCCCCUUCUUUUGAACAGCUGUGAAGUAAUUUUUUGCACUGUGUUUAUACCUGUCAGGGCUCACUUUCAGUGUGGGGUGGGGUUUUUGGUUUUGUUUUUUUUACCAGAUAGAUGUGCCAGUAGUGAGGCAAAGGAGGUAGCUUUUCUUUUUCUUCUCAGUUCUCCCAUAUCAGUCUCUAAAACAAAUGGAUCUUUACUGCAGGAGCAUCCAGCAGUACAAGCAGCUCACCAAUUUCCCCCCCGGGCAGCCAGUUCCCACGGCUGAGCUCUGCUGGGAAAUGUGGACUGACUUGAGCAGAGCCAGGAUCUCCUGAAUCCUUCCUUAAGUUACCUGGAGUAGAACUACUUUCCUGUUCUUAUUUCCCUCGAUUGUUUUAUAUCUGGCUUUCUGUGUAGUGUUUCUCCUGUUUCACAAAUACUUGGUAGAUUUCAGUAAUUGUCUUUUUGCAUCAUGACUCUUGAAACAGUGGUUUGGCUCAUAGUUUCUCUGUAUUUAAUGAGAGGAUAUUUGUUGUGUAUAUGCUAUUGACUUAUCUGCAUUUUGAAAAAGGUAGGGUUAUGCUGGCUUUCUUGCUUCCUUCCCUUUCUCUUGUGUUUUUAAUCAUUCUCUGCAAUUUGUACUGCUUUUGUCUCUCCUGUUUGUUUGCUGCUUUUUAAAACUCUAUUUACUGCAGGGUAUCUUCUUAUCUUCUUGUUCCUUUGCCUCUAAUUCCUCCCAGUUUAAAACUGUUUCCCAGUUGAAGUUUUGAAAAAAAUUCAACUAAAUACAGCAUCUUGUGUUUGAAUAAGCACUGAGUUUAUAUUUAGGAAAUUAUUUUUGAGGGAGUUACUGAAAAAACACUAGGUCUACAAAAUAUCCCCAGAUAACUGAUUUAGGAUUAGAAGUUUCCACAUGAACGCUAUAACUUUUGUCAUGUGUUUUAUCAUUUUGAUAAGUCAUAAAACUACUUGUAUUUUCCAUUUCAUACAGCAGCAGUUAAGCAGGAAACUCCAUCACACUUAUUUUUUUUUACCAGGAAAGAAGCUGUUACUGUAAAAUUCUUACCAAAAUAUUCACUCUGUUAAAUGACAGGUUAAAUAAGUGAGAUGGAGAGUCAACUCUAAGUAAAAUGUGUUAAAAGGGGAUUGUUCAGUAUGACACGCAUGGCAUGUAGUAAUUUUAAGACUUUAUUUUCACAGUAUUUAAAGGCUUGAUAUCAUCAGUCUUGUUUGCGCAUAACUACAGACUUUAGGGGUGAAAAAGAUAUAGGAGUCAUGGGGAUAGAAAAAGGAGAGACAAAUGUCAAUAGGAAUAGAAAGGCUUGCUUUCCUUCCUGCACAAGAAGAGUGAGAGAAUGGAAUACCUAUUGCCUACCAUGAAUGAGGAGGCUGAGCCUUACCCUGGAUGGAUUGGCUAUUACUUGCGUUGUGCUGGGGAAGACAGGGUAAAGUUUGCAUUUAGGCUUUUCAUCUAUAGUUUGGAAGCUGCUUUUGCUUAUAGCAAUGUUUUUUUAGUUUCCAAGAAAGGAUGAGAAAACAAUUUCUGCAAUUGUUUUGUAUUGUAUAUCAGUAUUGUACAGCAAUACUGAUUUAAUCUUAAAAGCCCUUGCUUAUUUAGAUAAGUCAUGCUCUGAAAUGAGCAUGGGACGCAGCUUUGGUUGAGUCAGUGCUCCUGCUGCUUCACUCGCUUCUGGACUUCUCACUUAUAGCUACAUUGCCAUUUCCUAGGGCUCAGAAGUCACUGACUCAUUACAGCAGGGGUUUUUUCCCUUAAAUCUCAGUAUUUGUUUUAGUAUCACAAGAUGUAAAAAUAAACAGAUACAGAGAUAUUUUGAGGCCUGUCUAGGAAUUGUUUAGCAGCCAUAAGAAAGCUGCAUACUCUGAGUUGCAUGGGAGUGACAGGUAAAAAAAAAAUAAAAAUAACAGCCUUUAAGGGAUCAUUAGAAAGGUGAGGUUCUUGCUGGGUGGUUUGGGUAGGGUCUCCCUGUAACAUCUCUUAGCUUCUGCAGGGUAAGUAAUAACCUGCUUUUCCAUCCGAUUAUAUUGCCUUCUCUAUUGAUAUUCUGCUUUUCUCUCCUCACUUCUGAUUUCCUUGCCCAUUAUUUUAUCUGAAUAAGAGUAAUGCAUGAAGUGGGCUCAGUACAUCUCAGAAAUUAGGGCUGCCUUUUGAUGUGCUUUGGAACACCAGCUUCUUCGACUUGAUUUGUUUUGCAUUGAGUUGUACUCUUUCUGACCUUUUACAAUUUGUCUUUCAAACUAAUGCUGUGAACCACAAAAAAAAAAUAAAACUGAGAG